ACCCACUUGUUCCAUUUCAUAACUAUCUUUGUCUCUGCCACUCCGUACAACCGCCGCAUCGCCAGUCAUCGGCGAAGUUGACCUCGCCGUCAUCACCUCCAUACCCAGAUAGAAGCAUUGGUAGCGAUUGAAUGUAUGCUAGAAUGAUGAACUCAAGAUCAAAGCUUUACAUGAUAAAUAGGUGUUGUUCAAGGUCAAAAGUUGGGUCAAGUAUAAACAAAGUUUGUGACUUUUUAAGCACUUCAUUCUCUACCUUGAACGAAUCACCAAAAAAUGAUAGAAAUGAUGAUCCAUUACAAGUAACCGAAUCACCUGAACUUCCAAUAUGGGUUAAACUUUCAGAAACCGAUACUUUAGUCACAAAAACCGCCGAAGAAGAUUUCUUGCUCCCUUCAGUUUCUGACUGGAUUGAGGGUUAUAAACAUAAUGACACCAAAUUACACGAUAAAACCACCGUAAGCAACAACACCGCCGAUACUGAUGUAAAGAAGAUAACCAAAGUGUUAUUUAUGCAUUUUGAAUCAGUUGAUUCUGUUGUGAAAGCUUUAAAUGAAUCUGAUUUUACUGCAUCUGAACACUUGGUUGUUCAAAUGCUGAAAAGAUUCGAUAAUAACUGGAAAUCGGCUUAUGGGGUGUUUACUUGGGCUGAAUCGCAAAUGGGUGUCAAGCUGUCGCCUGAUACAUAUGACUUGUUGGUUGAUUCUUUGGGGAAAUCAAAAAAUUUUGAUCUUGUGUGGAAAGUAGUGGAAAAAAUGGUUGGUAUUGGCGAAAAUUAUGUAACGAUAAACACUAUGGCAAAGGUCAUUAGAAGGCUCACAAAGGCAGGACUGCAUGAAGAAGCGAUAGAUGCAUUUAGAAGAAUCAAUCAAUUUGGGGUUAAGAAAGAUCUUGCAGCGUUGAAUCUUUUGGUUGAUGCACUAGCGAAAGACAAGAACGUUGAGCUUGCAAAUGAUAUUUUUGUUGAGUUUAAGAAAGAAAUUCCUCCAAAUUCGCAUACUUUUAAUGUGUUGAUCCAUGGUUGGUCCAAAGCUCGGAAACUUGGAAAGGCUUUAGCGACCAUGGAAGAGAUGAAGGAGCACGGGAUUCUUCCUGAUGUUAUCUCGUAUACCUCUAUAAUAGAGGCUUAUUGUAGUGAAAAAGAUUUUAGAAAAGUUGAUCAAAUUCUUGAAGAAAUGGAAGAAAAAGGGUGUCCUCCCAAUAUUGUCACGUAUACUAUUGUAAUGCUUGCGCUCGGGAAAGCGAAGGAAUUUGAUGAGGCUUUAAAGGUUUAUGAGAAAAUGAAGUCAAGUAAUAUUGUCUUUGAUGCACCGUUUUACAGCUCUUUAAUCUACAUCUUAUCGAGAGCCGAUAGAGUAAAGGAUGCACGUGAAGUUUUUGAUGAAAUGCCCGUACAAGGAAUUAAACGUGACACAGAAACGUAUAACGCUAUGAUAACUUGUUUGUGUAACCUGAGUCAAGAAGAGGAUGCGCUUAAGCUGCUACAUGAAAUGGAAAAGAGUGGUGUCCGGCCUGAUUUUGACACUUACUCACCGUUAUUAAAGAUGUGUUUAAAGUUGAAAAGAAUGAAGGUGCUUUCUUUCUUGUUGAGUCAUAUGUUAGAGAAUAACGUUAGUGUAGGACUGGGGAUGUAUAGCCUUUUGGUUCGUGGGUUAUGUAAGAACGGGAAGCUUAAACAUGCUUGCUUGGUUUUGGAAGACGCGGUUAUGAGAGGGUUUGUACCGUAUGAUACAAUGUUUAAAGUGCUGGAGACUGAGCUUGAAAAACAGGGAAUGAGCAUGGAAAAGAAGAGGAUUCAAGAACUCAGACCAAAAAAUGCUGGUUCUACUGAUAAUCUGGAGGUAUAGAUCUUAUAAUUUUAAUGAUGUUUUGCAUGUAAGAUUGUUUAGAAACAAGAAGUCAAGUAUACUGAAACCAAAUGCUUAUUAUCUAAUCCUAGUUGUAUUUUUUUUUUUUAGUUUCUGUUUAAAUGUAACUUCAGACAGAUUUAACUGGUUCAAAUCCUGUUCCAAUUCUAGUUAAAUUUCAAA